AUGACAUGGAGAUUGAUUGAAUGUGACGUACCCCAUUCUUAUCCGGGGACAAAGUCUAUAUGCAUCAAUGGUGUUUUGUAUUACAAUGCUCGCGAUUCCAAUGGUGAUGAUAUGGUAGUUCGCUUUGAUGUCAGAUCUGAGAAGUACAGCUUUGUUAAUUUCAUUGAAAGACGAAUGCUUCCUGUAACUCUGAUAAACUUCCAAGGUAAAUUGGCUUCUGUAAGGUUGUCAAGCUUACCUCCUAUGUGGAAGGGUGCUCAUGCAAGGGAGCACUGUUACUUUGAUGGAGUGACUGCUACAAAUGAAUUUGUUUUUUCUCCGUUCUUUCCAUCCAAACCUUUACAUGUUUACUACUACAAUUUUGUCAAGAAAACUGUAACCAAAGUUGAAAUCCAAGGAAUGGGAGCUUUUGAGAGGCGGCGUUCUAGAGUUGACAUAUUUCUGAACCAUGUAGCAGACGUGAAGCUUAUGUAG